GGAUGUACUCCCGGAAGUUCCGGUGCUGUCGCCGUGUGUGGGAUAAACAGUAAUGGCUGAGGCGGUGGCUCUGGGAACAACGGCGGAUGCCGCGGCGGCGGCGGUCCUGGGGCCGAGCACCGCCGCGGGAGCCACGGGUACCAUCUUCGGACCCGCGGCCGUGCCGCCCCUCGCUCUGGGGCCGGGUGGUGGCUGGACCAAACAGGUCACUUGCAGGUAUUUCAUGCAUGGAGUCUGCAAGGAAGGAGACAACUGUCGCUACUCUCAUGACCUGUCCACCAGUCAGUCUGCUAUGGUGUGCAGGUAUUAUCAGCGUGGAUGCUGUGCUUACGGAGAUCUCUGCAGAUAUGAACACACCAAGCCGCUGAUGCAGGAAGAAGAAGAAGAAGAAGAAGAAGAAGAGACUACUGUGAAUCCAGCUGCAAAAAUGUAUCCCUCAGUAUCCUCAGACCUCGCAUUAUUCCCUGAAAUUGUUGAAGAAGAUAUUAUUGAGAUAGAAGAUGAAAAUAUAGAUCUGGCAGCUGCUGGAGUAGGUGCUGAAGACUGGGUGAAUGCUGUAGAGUUUGUUCCUGGGCAGCCAUACUGCGGACGUGCUGCCCCUUCCUGCACUGAAGUACCCUUGGAGGAAAUGGUGAUUGAGGAAGAGUAUGAAAAGCAGGAAGCAGACGUGGAGAUGAAGAAGGAGCUGUGCCCCUAUGCUGCAGUGGGAGAGUGUCGUUAUGGAGAAAACUGCGUGUAUAUCCAUGGGGACGUCUGUGAUAUGUGCGGACUGCAGGUCUUGCAUCCAAUUGAUGCUGCGCAGAGAUCCCAGCACAUAAAGUCUUGCAUUGAAGCUCACGAGAAGGACAUGGAGCUUUCAUUUGCCGUCCAGCGUAGUAAAGACAUGGUGUGCGGGAUAUGCAUGGAGGUGGUGUAUGAAAAAGCUAAUCCUAGUGAGCGCCGCUUUGGGAUCCUCUCCAACUGCAACCACACUUACUGUCUCAAGUGCAUCCGCAAGUGGAGGAGUGCUAAACAAUUUGAGAGCAAGAUUAUAAAGUCCUGCCCAGAGUGUCGGAUCACAUCUAACUUUGUCAUUCCAAGUGAGUACUGGGUGGAGGAGAAGGAAGAGAAGCAGAAACUCAUUCAGAAGUACAAGGAGGCAAUGAGCAACAAGCCAUGCAGGUAUUUUGAUGAAGGCCGUGGGAGCUGUCCAUUUGGAGGGAACUGCUUUUACAAACAUGCGUAUCCUGAUGGCCGUCAAGAGGAGCCGCAGAGACCCAAAGCCCAGCGGAGGAAUCGGUUCUGGGAGUUCAUUGAGGAGCGAGAGAACGGUGACCCAUUUGAGACCGAUGAGGACGAAGUGGUGACCUUUGAGCUCGGUGAGAUGUUGCUCAUGCUGUUGGCAGCAGGAGGUGAUGAUGAGCUAACGGAUUCCGAGGACGAGUGGGACUUGUUUCAUGAUGAGCUGGAAGAUUAUUAUGACCUGGAUCUAUAGCACCUGACAGUGGAGUGUGGACUGUCGUCUUGGCUUCAGGCAGUAGCUAUUACUUACCUGUGGUGUUGUGGCAGUGCCUGUGUUUCUCCUAGGCAGGCCUAUCAAUUCCAGGUGCUGUUGUAAUAACUUUUACCCAGGGUCUGUCUUCUCCUGUCCCCUCCCGCCCCAAGAGUGUUGUUUCUCCUCUGUUUAAACAAAUAACAAGAAAUCUUUAAAAUCUUAGUUUUUGUAAAAAUGAAUUUAACUGUCAAACAGUUAGCUUAGGUUUGUUGCUUCAUCUAUGUACCCAACAGAGCUCACCCAGUUCCAGGGUUAAAGUGUUUACAGGACUUCCACACUCAUUUUGAAGAGCCCAGAUACAAAAAUGAGCGGUGGCCAUGCAGUGGGGAUGUAAAUUGGCUGAUGGCCUCUUUUCUGUCUCUGUAUCAAUAUUUCUGACGUCAGGCCAGAUACAAAUAAUCCUUUUCUGACAUCAGCUCCGUUCCAGCCCCCUCAUGUACACAUCUUCAUUUGUGAUUUUGGACUCUUGUUUACUUGCACAUUACUAUUACUACUGUGUAACCAGAACCAGGUGUGAAUGUUCCAGAUUUUACUGUGUCUAGCAUGAAAGGAUAAUGUCUUAGUGAAAGGAGAACUUUCUAUGUGUAUAUACAGAUAAACGUAGAGUUGGACCUCGAGGAUGGGGAGACUCUGUGUAAGUUAAGUAACAAGGCCACCUUUCAUCCCCUCUUGGUGCAUGAAGUCUAGCCUCCAAUUGGACAUGAAACUGGUUUAGUGGUCUCAGCUCAGUCUGUGGCAACGAUCUGUCAUGUGCAACUCCCUGAUACACCAGCUCUCUUUCAUGUGUUUCGUUAGGGUGGUCCAGGAGCAGAAGUCCGGUUAGCUGAGUGGGGUCAGAGGAACACGAGAGGCCCCUUUAGCUGCAUUGCUCUUUAAGUUUUAGAACUUGGUGUGACCACAUAAGCCGCGAGCUUUGCUAGGAAAUCUCUGUGCCUCUCAGCUGGUUCGAGGGCCGUGUGCCUUUCGGCCUCUGAGUGGGGCAGGUUGCCUGGUCAAGCUGUUCAGCUUACGUGAGUUAGCGCUUAGGAAGUCGGUCAUGCAGUUUCUGGCUGUAAUUUGCAUUGAGAAAUUACAUUGCCACCAAAGCUCCCGUACAGGAAUUUUAACCUUGCAUUACAUUAUUGCUGUUGUUUUUUUUUAUUGACUUGUGGAUGCCCCGUGAUCUGUUUUCCUGCUGCUCUUGUCCCCUAGACUGCCUCUCCUUUCACUUUUAAUUGGAAUGAGAAAUUGUUCUGAGGUCUAUAAUGUAAUGUUUUGCAGCUGCCUUUUGUAAGAAGCACUUUUCCCAAAUAAAAAAAUACAAAAAAAUGAAAAAAACAAAAACCCCAAAAAAAUCAAGUGAGCUCUGUCUGUUCUUUUACGUUUGAAGCCUCUGUAUUUUUUAUUUCAGGAAAGUGGGGGGGUGGGGAGAGGGUGUUUGGUUUGUACAAAAGCAUUUGUUGCUUAGCUCCUGCAGAAUUGUGUCAUGCUACAAGGAAGUUCUAACUUUCUUAUAACUUUUCCAAUGAGCAUUUUGUGAACACAUUCUGAAUGGACAGCUGAGAUAAUUGAGCUGCUGAAGGAACAUUUGCAGGUGUUGCUGGGAACAGAAGUGGCUUCCUCAGAAAUGAUUCCCAUGCUAUGGUGCUGUUUCUGUUGUCCUCAACAAAAGUCAACUGCAGUGUGUUUUCUAUUAAGUUUCCUGUUGUAAUGCUGCCUGGACAGCAAGUUUAAGCAUUGCUACAGGCUGCUUUCUGGGAAUCCACAUGCUUAUUUAAACCUGUGGGUGUUCAGAAAGAAGCAUUCUUCUACAAAAAUGCAUAAAGAUGGAAGUUAACUACUAGAAGCAUAUUUUGCCUUGCUCAGGAAUAUGAGAAAAGAUGAGGCCGAGCAGUCUGAAAUCAUUGUCAGAUCUUCUUCCAGAGGCAAGCAGCAGGGGGAGAAAUGCAGAUGUAAAUGAAAUGGAGGUAGGAAGAACCAGGAAAAAAUUAGGGCUGUGGAGUAGAACAAGGUUUCCACACAGUGAAAGGUAGGUUGCCAGCUUCUUACUGGAGAGCUGUGUUCAAAGUGUAAUGAAGAUGGGACCCAUGAGGAUGGAGAAUGGUAAUGGACACAAGCAUGUGGAUCGUUUUCCUUCCCAAAGGGUCAGAUACAGCAUGCUCUGCUUUUGGUUUGGGUGCUUUUGCUGCACAGUGCUAGGUGUUGCUGCUUCUAAACCUUGCUUGUGUAUGAUGUCAGGCAAGUUGGGAAUACAUUAGUGAGUGAUUUAAUGAGGAGGUGGCUCUGUCCACUUGUGACUGGUGUAGUCCAGCUCAUCGUGGCAAGGUGUUUGGUUGCUCCCUUGCUUUGAAGAGUGCUGCUGGUUCUUGUUCUGCAAGUAGAGGAGCUGUGUGUGUUUACUCUGAGCAGCACUGUGUGUUUCUUCCUGUGUGAAUCCAGCUGCUGGUAGGCCUGUUCUGAAGUGUGCUGUUGUGCUAUAAUUCCCUGUCAAGGGGAAUGACUGAAAGGUGUGGGGCCUUUGGAGUGAGUGAAGAAUGUUGGUAGGCUGCUGUGGUUUUCUUCUUAAGAACAAAUAAAUUCAUGAGGAUGAAGAUCAACCUUUAAUGUGAAAACAAGGAGAGUAAAGCUCAAAAAGAAAACGUAGUACAUAGUAAGUAUGUAAGUAAACAUAGUAAGUUCCCAAGAUACAGAAACUGAAUAGACUGAGAGGACAAUGAGAAUAUUCAUGGCAGUGUUGAGAUGAAAAAGGUUGAUGGAAAUUUGUAGAGUCUUCAUACAAAAUACUGAUUUCAAAACCAAAAUAUUCAGGGGGAGAAAAAGUUGCAUGCUCUCAUUUGAAGUGCCUUGGCUUCAGUCCCUGUUGCAGCAAAAUAUACUUCUGAUUUCGUUUGAAAUUUUGCAUUGUGUGGUAACUGUGAAAUAAGUGUUUGCAUGUUCCAGUUGGUCUGAUGGCAAUUGUAAAAGCAAAUGGCACUUCUUAACAGCUUCACUGCUGCCUCAGAGCCUCUACUUCUUUACAGUCCUUUUAAGUGCUGCUCUUUCCUGCUUGCAACAAUGUGUAUUGUAAUCUUGCUGCUGGGAGGCCUGGUUCAUUUAAGGGAAUGCAUACUAACUCUUUCCUGUUACGGAAGGCACGACAUGAAUUUCUGUUUGGAGCGUGACUUGAGGUACAGAGUGUCUCCUGUUUGGAGUGGAACUUGCCUACAUGGCAUUACUAAUGCUGCAGCAGCCUAAAGGGAGGGAAUCCACACAGUUCUUGGGAUUCAGAUAGAAUACAGGACUGUGCUGUAUGAAUCAGAUAGCAACAAAGGAGCUACAAAGGCAACUUAAGUCAGCUGUAGAAUUAGAGGCAUCAUUUAACUCUGUGUACGUGUGCAAUUGAGGUAAGCCUUACGUCUGGUGAGCAAAUCUAGCCAGACUUGGCAGUGAUAACUAACAAGCACUAAUGUUUAUGGAUACAGCUUUUAUCAAGGAAAUAAGAGUUGCAAGUAUAUUCAAUUUCUGCCCCUCACAUGUUGCCAUAACUUGUUGCUGUUACCCUUGGAUAUGCUAUUUGUCACUGGCAGCCCAGCUGCUGUCCACACCUCCUUGCCAGCAGCUUAAUGUGAUCACACAGACAAAGCCUUUGUGGGCAGCUAAGCUGAGGCUGGUAUUCAAACUUCUUGUAAGUGCAGUAAAUGACUUUAAAGGAUCUAACUGUCUCAAGCUAACAGUGAAACGCUCAAGUGUGCAGUUCCCUAUUAAAAGUUGAUGUAAUUCUCAGUGAAAGAGGUUCUCGCUCUGAAUAAAGCAACUCGUAUAUCCUGGCAUUGUCUGUUGUGGUUGUGGUCCUUGCGCUUGAGAGAGGCGUUGGAAAAUGGCUCCAGGACUUGGUAGAAAGGGUGUUGAGUACUAAAACUCCCUCUGCCUUGAGUUGAAUGUUUUGCAUUCAUUAGCAGCCUUCCUCCAUAUAUGAGAGCUGGGGAGGAGCAGCUAUGGUUGGAACACUUGCCUACUGGGAAAAGGAGAUAGAUUUGGUUCUGUCCCAAAGCACUGGCAUGCAUCUGCUUCCUGAAAGGAGGCUCCAGAACAGAGCUCUGUACCAGAUGUGGGCCUGAGAUGUGCCUUCUUGGUCUCCUUUCCAACUAUACUUAACUGGAAUUAUUAGGUAAGAACCUUAGCUUUUGCUAUAAAGAACCUGUACCUUAUGUAUGUAGAAAAGUGUGACCACAUAAGCAGUGCCACAUGCCUUCCACAUCACUGGGUUGUAAUUAUGCUUAUUUUUAAGCCAGUCAGCUUCUAAGGGGCUUCAGUGCGUGCCCCAUUCCAGAAUUCUUUCAGUUCUUUGCCCUGCCACGUGGGGAGGUGCUGCCUCUGUUUCAUGUGACAUGGGUGUGGGUAUCAGUGCAAAGAAUGCACAGCAGCAAAUUCAGACAGCUAAAGUUUGAAUACUUCUUCCAGGUAGGUAAAAACAAACGAGCAUCUCCUCCAGCUGGAUGCACAGCUCUUACAACUGUGGGACAGUAGUAAUUGGUAGCAUAGUAUUGUAAACAACAUUUAUAGAAGAGCUGCCUUUCUACAAGCAUGCUAACGAUGCCAUCAGGAGCUAUGCUGGAUCUGUGUAUGAUGCUGGAAGAGCAAAAAUGCUAACAUAAGGUUCUGCAGCAGUUUCUUGGUUAACUUGCAUGGGCAGCAGCUGCACACUUCCAUUUGCUGUGAUGGAGAAAGGCACUGAUGAAAGUUACAAACAUAGUGGUUGCUAUCAUACACUGUAGAACAACACAAUAAAGCUUGUUAACAAACUUAAUAGUUUUCUUCAUGUCAGGUACUAACUACAUCAUAAAUUAAUCUAUUAAUCUACACUCUGAAA